CCUGAACUCCAGUGGCCUGUUCAGACAUCCUCAGUCCCCAUCCUGUGUUCCUCUCCUCCGUCUCGUCCCCCUCAGGCCCUGCUGGAGCCGCGGGCCGACUUCACCCUGAACGGGGAGCAGGAGGAGGGAUGUGGCCCCCUCACCCCGGACCUCCACCUCUCUCCUGGGAAUCUGAGGCAUGGCCCUGUCCAGGUUAAAACACACAAAGACGUGUCCACUCUCACAGACGUGUGUUCAGGUGUGGAUUUGCCUGAGGUGGAGAUAGUGAGUUUAUUGGCAGAGGAGUUGCCCCGGUACACUCUGAGGGCAGACCAUGUGUUUGGGUACGAUCACGAUGACUGGCUGCACACACCACUGCUGCCACCAGAGGCCGCUCUGGGACUCACCUACGAGCAAAUCGACGAAACCUUCAAAUACUUUUUACUCUGCUCGGAGAGGGUUGGCCAGGUUACAAAGACGUACCAUGACAUCGAGGCUGUCACACAUCUUCUGGAAGAGAAAGAGCGUGAUCUAGAGCUGGCAGCUCGAAUCGGCCAGUCGCUGCUGAAACAGAACAAGACCUUAAAGCAACGGAACGAGCUGCUGGACGAACAGCUGGAAGCCGCAAAAGAAGAGAUCGCUCAGCUACGUCACGAGCUCUCUAUGAGAGAUGAUCUCCUGCAGCUGUACACCGGCACUGAGGAGAUCGAAGCAGCUGCAAUAUUGCACCUGCCGAUCAGGCGAAACGAGUCGAGUUCUUCUCUCAGCAACUACGUCCAUUAUGAUUUCCUGCAAACGAAACUCAAGAGUCUGGAGGAAGAGAAUUUCAAACUGCGUACUACGGCCAACGAGUUGACGUCAGAGACCAGCAGCUAUGAAGAGCAGGAGCAGCAGCUGAUGAUGGUGUGUGUCGAAGAGCUCUCAUCAGCGAAUAAGCACGCGGUGGCUCUGUCUGAGGAGCUGGCUCGUAAAGUGGAGGACUCGCUCCGGCAGCAGGAGGAGAUUAGCUCUCUGCUCGGUCAGAUGGUCGAUCUGCAGCAACGCUGUAAAGUGCUCAUCAGAGAGAACGAGGAGCUCACUCAGCAUCUAAACACCUCACGGGAAAGCCAGUCAAAGCUACGAACUGAGCUGAAGGACCUCCACGAGAGGUACUCUGAGUGUGAAGACAUGCUCCAGGAAGCCCGAGAGGACAUCAAGAACCUGCGCAAUAAGAGUCUACCAAACAGCACGGUGCAGCGCUACAGCUCGCUGGCCGCCGUCUUUCCCAUGGACUCGCUCGCUGCAGAAAUUGAGGGAACCUUCCGCAAAGGCUUGGACAGUCCUGCUUCUUCAGAAUACAAGACUCAUCCAUGGCGUGUGUUUGAGACAGUAAAAGUGGCCAAUCAAGUUGCACGACUGCGCUCUCGGGGCCAAUCCCCGCAGGUCCCCAGCUCUAGCCCCGCCUCCUUAGGGUCCAGUCGAACCAGCACACCACGCACUAGUUUCUAUGGCUCGGACUCUGUCAGCAUCAACCAUGAGGAGAAAUCUCACUCUGUAACACCAUUACAGGAGCAGAGCCUCGUAGAAUCGAAGCGUCUGGGGCAGCCGGGCAUGCCGGGUGGUCAAGAUCUAGAGGAAGCGCUGCGUUCCCUGUCUGCACGCCAGGAGAACCAUUCUUCCGAUUGUACAUUCUUUGAGGUUGAACGCGAGAGGAAGCUUAGGGCACUAGGUAGCAGCAGUGCAGGAGCCUCUAGUGGUUUCCUCACUCCCAAUGACAGCUUGGAAUCCACUGGAACCAACUAUUCAGGCAGCUCCCAGCAUUCAUCUGCUUCAUCCAGCUCCCGAUCUUACCUCCCUGAACGCCUGCAAAUAGUCAAACCUCUGGAGGGUUCAGUCACCCUGCACCACUGGCAGCAGCUGGCUAAACCCAACCUCGGCGGCAUUUUUCAUCCACGACCAGGAAUCCUCACCAAAGACUUCAGAGAGCUGGAUGUAGACAUUCAGCAUGUUUAUAGUCUCAAUGAUAUUGAGGAGGAUGAGCCGAACUGGUCCAAACUCCCAAACCCCAUACACAUCCCUGGUGUCGCUUCAUCUGGAUUCAACUUCCCCCACACCUGCCCCACCCACACCAUCACCAACUCUCAGAUCCUCCAUCCCUCUGUUUUGUUGUCUUCCUUAUCCACUAGCUUUCAGCCUGAUAACCUGUCCACCACUGGAUGCAAUCAGCAUGUACGGAACUUCCCUGAUCACCAGCAUGGUUCCUUUCAUCGACCUUCCAUGAACACGACGCCCACAUUAGGUCUUAUUCGGCUGCUUCAGGAGCGAGGUAUCUCCGCUUCGUCUAAGCUCGACGUCUCUCCCGUCCUCAGACCUUCUGUCAGCACUUUAAACGAUAAAGAAACAGAUGUCGGAUCCAGCCGAGGAGCAAAACCGCCUAGGAGGAACAUUUUUAGCUUCAACCUGGUCGACAAGCUUCAGAGUCUUGGUCUUCAUAAAGUUGUAGCCAGAGGACUCAAAGACUCAGGGAUGAAGGAAGGAGAUUCACACGAUGCUCCUUCAGCGAAACACUGA